AUGGUAGAUAAUGAAGCCAUUUAUAACAUCUGUCAAUGCAACCUGGAUAUUGAACGUCCCGCAUGCGCCAAUCUUAAUCGUUUGAUUGGUCAGAUUGUGUCCUCCAUCACAGCCUCCCUGUGGUUUGAUGGAGCUCUGAAUGUGGACUUGACUGAACUCCAAGUGAACCUGGUAUCAUACACCCACAUCCACUUCCCUUUGGCCACCUAUGCCCCAGUCAACUCUGCUGAGAAAGACUACCAUGAACAGCUCUUUGUGGCUGAGAUCAUCAAUGCCUGCUUCAAGCCAGCCAGUCAGAUGGUCAAGUGCGAACCUUGUCAUGGCAAAUACAUGACCUGCUGCAUGUUGUACAGGGGUUAUGUCAUUCCAAAAGAUGUCAAUGCUGCCAUUGCCACCAUUAAAACCAAAUGUACCAUCCAGUUUGUGGAUUGGUGUCCAACUGAAUUUAAGGUGGACAUUGACUACCAGCCCCCAACUGUAGUCCCAGGGGGGGAUCUGACCAAGGUGCAGAGGGCCGUGUGCAUGUUGAGCAACACCCCUGCCAUCACUGAGGCCUGGGCCUGCCUGGACCAUAAAUUCGAUUUCAUGUAUGCCAAGUCGGCCUUUGUGCACUGGUCCAUAGGAGAAAGUAUGGAGGAAGGCGAGUUUUCUGAGACCUGA